AUGAACCGAGAUGGAGCGAGCCUGUGUGGGCCGCGGUGCGAGGUGAAGGCGGAGCUGAAGAGGCUGAAUAAGAAGGGGAUGGAGUCGGUUUGGGUGAGGGUGAGGAGAGGGGGUAAGGUUGUUAAUCUCAGGGCUCGGGUUGCGGCGGAGAAGAGAGGGAGGAUCCACCGGAGUUUUACGAUAAGGGCGGCGAGGGAUGACCGGCAUGUGGCUGUGCUGGCUGAUCUCACCCUUGAUGAGUGUUCACAAUUGCAGGAAAUGAGUAGAACGGUGGUUAAUACAUACAAUCCAAGGUUUGACAAGAAUAAGGGAAUUACCUAUGAUUGGAAGAAGAAAGUGGGAACAUAUUUACCCGAUAGACGUUCGACAGUUAUCAGCUCCAUUCUCUUCUUGCCUUUUUCGAAUGAGCGCAGUGUUGAAUCCACCACCACCAGAUGCAUGGCCUGGUUCACUUCUGCGGUAUCCUCUGGUGUCCCUUUGGUCUUCGUCAAUAUCCAAACUGAGCAAGCUCUUAAUUCUGGCAAGUACACUUCUCCUGAGACUGUCACUCGCCAGUUAUCAUGGAAAGAGCUAAGCUGGGGUCGACAACAAAGUCCAAGAAAAUCCACCACUGCUGAAAUGGUCCAGGGAAUUCGAUUAUGGUUCCUGCCAGGAAUUUCUGAGGUUCCAGUGAUCUUAACUAUAGAGCCUGAUGAAACACGUUUCGGGAUGGACAUAAAGAGAACGGAUGAGGCAAGAUUCAUACCUAACUCUAAUUCUCAAUCCAUAAAACUACUAAAAGUUGUAUGCGUGAUAUUUGUGGUAGGGCUUUUGGACUCCGUAAACUAUGCAAAGAUGCAAGACAGCAAGGGAAUAUAG